AUGUCUCUCCAGGUCGACGACCGCAGUCGCCGCACCCGUUCGCGCUCUCCGGGCCGUCGCGAGCGCAGUCGCAGCCGCGGCCCCGCGCCUCCGGCCAUGGUUGAUCCCCCGCGUGAGCCCAGCUACGCUUACCCGGAGGACGAUCUCAACGACAGAUAUGCCCGCGACAGAGGGGCGCAAGUUGUCACCGCCGAGCCCGGUGCCGGCAAUACCAUGUCGGGAGCCAUCCCCUAUCCGGAGGACGGCAGCGACGCAAUGUUCCCUGGCACCAGGUCCCUCUACGAUUACGACGACCGCCGCGGCGCAUCAUCCUACCGCCCGCCCUCUUCUCCUCAAGACAGCUACUACCGCAGCUCGCGCGAAACCUACCAAGACCAGCAAGCGCGCGCCUCCGACCCUCGCGACGACGACAAGUUGAAAUAUCUUCCCGCCAAACACGGGCGACCUAUACCCCCCGCCAAGCCUCCUCGCCCCGUCUCUCCCGGCGGCUACGCUUAUGCUCAGCCUCAGCCGUACGAGUACGCAAAGACUGAUGAGAAGGCCAGAAAGAAGGAGGAAAAGAAGAAGGCGCUAGAAGAGAACCUUGCUUAUGGCUUUGACCCUCAUGCGUCCAAUACGGGCUUGAACCCCGAGCCCCGGUACUCCGGCCGCGUGCCGAGCCCAGGACCACAGAUCUCGGCUGGCGCUCAGGCAUACUACGGCAACGACCCCCGUACCUCGUCAAACAUCUUGACCGUGGAGCCUGGAAGUCGCAAGCGUGACAAGUCGCCCCAGCCGCCGACUCGUCGCAUGUCAAACUUGUCUGUGAACACAGGCCACCACUCACUCAACAUGAGCAUGUCGUUGGCGAAUGCGCCAGGAUCACCGUUGCUGGAGUCGUAUCACGGUACAUACCAGGAUAUGUCACCAAUGCCAUCACCAAUGCUGCUGGCCUCCUCGCCACAUGAUCUCCAUGUCAUGGAGCCCGUCUCUCCGCUCGGCUCUGACGACGAGGGCCGGCGACGUCGGCGGGCGCGGUUCCACGAUACUGAAGACGAUGCUGCAAGGAUUGCAAAGGCACUCCGCAGCGACAGGAAAAAUCCCGACACGGAGCCUCUGAUUGAAAUUCUGCCUGGCCUUACUCACGAACAAAUCAUGGAUCUUCGUAAGGAGUACAAGGCGCUUGUUAAGACUGGUCCGGAGCGCAAAGGUGUCAACGUGGCCAAGCACAUCCGCUCCCGCCUCAAGGAUUCUGAGCCGAACCUCAUGAAGGCCUGCUACGCCACCGCGCUGGGCCGGUGGGAGAGCGAGGCGUACUGGGCUAAUUUUUGGUACCAAGGCGACAAGACGCGCCGGGAGCUCCUCAUCGAGUCCCUCAUGGGCCGCACGAACCACGAGAUUCACCUCAUCAAGGAAGGAUUCAACGACAAGAAGUACGACAACAGUCUGACCAAGUGCAUGAAGACCGAGCUGAAGGAGGACAAGUUCAAGAAGGCCGUGCUGCUGGUGCUCGAGGAGCGCAGGAUGGAGGAGUACGACCCUUACGGCCGCCGCCUCGCUCUUGACUACCACCUCGUCGAAGAUGACGUUGCCGAUCUGCGCAAGGCCGUCAAAUCGGACAAGGGCGGUGAGUCGCUCAUGAUCGGCAUCGUCGUGCAGAGAAGCGAUUCGCACCUCCGCGAGGUGCUCAAGUUGUACGAGCGUACCUACAAGUCCAACUUUGCCCGCGACGCACUCAAGAAGAGCGGCAACCUCGUGGGAGAACUUCUGGCCCACAUUCUCAACGGCGUCAUUAACAAACCCGUCCGCGACGCCUUGCUCGUCCACCACGCGCUCACGGCGAGCCGCAAGGACGAACUGCGCCGCGAGCUGCUCAUCUCGCGCCUCGUCCGCUUCCACUGGGACCGCCACCACCUGGAAGCCAUCAAGCGCGCCUACCGUGAGCGGUACGGCCGCGACAUGCAGGAUGCCGUCCGGGAGGCCACGAGUGGCGAGUGGGGUCUCUUUUGUAGGGAGUUGUGCAUUUACCGCAUGCCUAACGAUGUCAAGAGCUACGAAAGGGUUUCUAUGCAAGUCCGAUGA